GCAGCAAAAGUAGAGAAAAAAAAGAACACUAGUGGACGGUGGCAUAUACAUCAGAAUUUCACCUAACAUAACACAAAUAUGUACUAAUUUAAGUGCACAAUCCCUUAUUUUCUUUCCUAACAUCCUAACCUUGGUCCCAAUACACAUAUUGUCUACCUCAGCAUCUUGAAAAUUUUCCCAAUGAUAUCAUCUUUUAAAUAUUUAACUUUUCCUUGAACCAAAGAUUCAUUGUUUCCACCAAUUUAGUGAAAUCAUGGCCAAGACUAGUAGAAUAUGCCAUCUUUUGUUAAGGUUCUUGGCCUUCUCAGCCACCUUGUCAGCAGUAAUUGUCAUGGUUUCUAGCCAUGAAAGAGCAACCUUCUUCAAUGUUUCCUUUGAAGCAAAAUACACUACCUCCCCUGCCCUAAAGUACUUUGUGAUUGCAAACUCUGUUGUUACUGUCUAUGGAUUUUUGGUCCUCUUUCUUCCAGCAGAAAGCUUGCUAUGGCGACUUGUGGUAGCCAUGGAUAUGGUUUUGACAAUGUUACUCAUUUCAAGCCUGUCUGCAGCUUUGGCUAUAGCUCAAGUGGCAAAGCAAGGAAACAAUUCUGCAGCUUGGCUACCAAUAUGUGGUUCAGUCCCCAAAUUUUGCAAUCAUAUUACAGGAGCUCUAAUUGCAAGUUUCAUUGGAGUCAUUAUUUACAUGAUUCUUCUAUUGCAUUCCAUUCAUAGUGUCCUUGACCCUCUCCUCUUGAAAAAAACUUGAGAAGCUUUUCAAAUAACUCGGUUGUAACUUGGUGUUUGUAGUUGUCACAUUAAUCUCUCUAGUAUAUCUAUACAUGAAGGACAUACAAGAUUUUGGCGUGGCUUUC